AUGGACGCUCUUGCGGCCGCUGCGGCGAGGCAGAAGCCGGUUAAUCCCGCGACAGCGACAACCACCAGUACUGCGUCAUCAUCGACCCCGCCGCCGACAUCACCUUCGACGCCGGCCAGCAGACCGUCGGCCCUUUCCAUCAACUUCCUCGUCGAAUCUUCGUCGAGUCCCUACUUCGUCGAAGAAGCUGGCGACGCUACCAACAAGCCCAGCGACCACGUGGUCGUCGUUGACGAGCAACUUCGAGCCCACACACCCAGCAAGAUUAGUCGUCAACAUCUAGAUGACGUCGACGACGGUCAAGAUGAGGCCUCUACCUCGCCCGCCACCACCACUCCCGCCCACCGGGCAUCCCCCUUCGAUCAUCUUCUUCACUUUUCUCAUCAAAGCUCGACCCUGUCCUCCGUCUCCUCGGCCCCCACGCCCUCAUCUACGACGUCGUCCACACCGUCGACAUCGAGGAACAACUCGCCCACGCCGCCGCCCGGUCCGUGCGUCGUGUUGCCAAGGCCGGUCCGCCCGAACACGUCGUUGUCGUCGUCGGCUCUGCCCGCCUACCCUCCGCUCCACCACCCGACGACCACGGCCGCCUACCCCUAUCCGGCCUAUUACCCGCUGACGUCGUUCGCCAACAAUCCAUCCGCUGGACCCGAGGCGACGACAUCUUUGGCGACCAGCUCCUCCAACACAUCAACUUUGCCGCCUCCGGUUCCGAUGUUGACCACGCCCGGCGCAGGCCCGGUGAUCGAUCUCCAAUUCCUCUCGCAGCUCUACCUGCAGGCGUCGCCCUACUUGCUCCCCGGCCUCUUCUCGACGGCGACGGCGACCACAUCUUCAUCGUCGACGUCUUCGUCUUCGACGACGAUGUCGGGUGGUCACCACCAGCAGGCGCCGCCGCCCGGCUACCACCCGGGGAUCCAUCUGCAGCAGCAGGUCUUCCACCAGGCCAUGGCUCUGGCCCAGCUUCACCCGCUGCCGCUCCACCAACACCACCAGCAGCAGCAGCAGCACAUCUCCCGCCGGCCUCGGUCGCUCGACCGACAUGUGCCGAACCACCAGCACCAGCAGCACCAGCACCACGACCACCAACGCCACCAGUCGGCCGGCCUCAGAGCAGGCGGCGACCGCAUGUCGGCGCUCGAGUCGAUCCUCGCGCGGGCCGAGCGACACGCCCAGGAGGAGAACGCACGCAACCUGGCGCGCGGCAUCAAGCGCGAGAAGAGCGAGCCGCGCUACGGCGACGACGACUACGCCUCACCGUCGCGGUCGGACCGCAUCAAGCGCCGGAGAACGGACAGCAACAGCAGCGACAGCGACUACUCGCCCUCCAGCGCUGGCAGCCAGCGGCGAACCCAGAGCGACGACGACGAGCACCACCAUCGGGGCCAACCGACGUUCACCAGCUCCAGCAGCGGCAGCAGCGAUGACGACGAAGACGAUGAGAGCGGCGGCGGAGCGAGGCGAGCAGCGGGCAAGCACCAGGGCGUGGUCGGGACCGGCAUGAGGGAGAUGCUCUACAAGCGGCGGCAGGCGUCGCCCAAGCAGGUGGUGCUGCUCGAGCAGGUCUUCGCCGUGGAGCCCAUCCCGACCAGCGCCACCAAGCUGCGGCUGUCCGAGGUGCUCAACAUGAGCCCCAAGCGGGUCACGGUCUGGUUCAAGAACAAGAGGGCACGCCAGAAGAAGAAGGGCAUUCCGCUGCCCAACUCUUGCACCACCGCCACCACCACGGCCACCACCGCUUCGACCGGCGCCACGUCGUCGCCUGGAGGACCCACGACGACCUCCUCGAGCGUCCGGACGUCGCCGAUCGACCGCAAGUUCGCGACGUCGUCGGCUUCGUCUUCGUCAUCAACAACGGCGGCGUGUUCAUCUCCACCAUCGGCUCGUAGACGAGGAGACCAACACCUCACCUUCCACUACUUCGCCGACCGCGACGGCGAUGACUCCGCCGCGGCGCCCUGA